AUGUCCUUAGCAGCAAGCAGGAUCAGCUCUUCCCCAGGAGUAAAGGACUUCUUAGCUUUAGCAAUGCAGAUUUACAUUAUUGCUUUCCAUGAUUUUAAUUUAACAGGUACUUCCAUUCAAUCAACCCUUGGUGACAAUGGGGUGAUACUAGACAACCAGCCUAUAGUCAAAAAAAGGUGAGGAAGGAGGAAGAAUGUAGAAGGUGUUGACAUCCUCUUUUUUAACAAAAGUAAACCACCUAAUCAUGUUACUUUAGGCUUAACCACCUCACAGAUUUCCACAGGGAUAAAUCCAGCACUAUCCUACGCUCAACCUCAAGGAAUUCCUGAUACGGAAAGUCCAGUUCCAGUUAUUAAUCUUAAAGAUGGGACAAGACUUGCAGGAGAUGAUGCACCAAAGAGAAAGGAUUUGGAAAAACGGCUUGAGGAGCACCCAGGUUAUGUGGAAGAUUUAGGAGCUUUUAUUCCUAGAAUGCAGCUUCAUGAGGGAAGGCCCACAAAAAGGCAUCGUUGCAGAAACCCCAACAAAUUAGAUAUUAAUAGUCUCACUGGAGAAGAGCGUGUUCAACUGAUUAACAGAAGAAAUGCUAGAAAGGUUGGAGGUGCAUUUGCUCCCCCUUUGAAAGAUUUAUGUAGAUUUCUAAAAGAAAAUUCAGAAUAUGGAGUAGCUCCUGAAUGGGGAGAUGUUGUUAAGCAGUCUGGAUUUCUUCCAGAAAGCAUGUAUGAACGUAUACUCACUGGUCCCAUUGUGAGAGAGGAAGUGAGCAGGCGGGGGAGACGGCCUAAAAGUGGAGUCGCGAAGGCCACAGUAGCAGCAGCUGCAUCUGCCACCAGUGUUUCAGGCAAUCGUUUGUUAGCCAGUGGAUUACUUCCAGGUGUGGAUCUCACAACUCUUCAGGCCUUACAACAAAACCUACAAAACUUGCAGUCACUGCAAGUAACUGCAGGGCUGAUGGGAAUGCCUGCUGGCCUUUCCUCUGGAGGAGAAGCUAAAAACGUGGCUGCUAUGUUCCCCGUGCUACUGUCAGGAAUGGCUGGAUUACCAAAUCUGUUGGGCAUGGGAGGACUCCUGACAAAGCCUACAGAAUCUGGGACAGAAGAGAAAAAGGGAAAUGACUCUAAGGAGCUAGAAGGAAAAAAAGAAAGGACAGAGAGCCAAAGUUCAGAGCAUCGUGGAGAAAACUCUGUGUCGAGUUCUCCUUCAACAUCCUCUACUGCUGCAUUAAAUACAGCUGCAGCUGCCAACCCAUUAGCUCUUAACCCACUAUUACUAUCUAACAUACUUUACCCAGGGAUGCUUCUCACUCCAGGCCUUAAUCUUCAUAUUCCAACUUUGUCCCAGUCCAAUACUUUUGAUGUACAGAAAAACAAAAACAGCGACUUAGGCUCAUCUAAGUCUGUAGAAGUAAAGGAAGAAGAUUCCAGAGUUAGAGAUCAGGAAGACAAAGUGGGUACUGAACCAAGUCCUCUCAAUGAAAACAGCACAGAUGAGGGUUCAGAGAAAGCUGAUGCUUCAUCGGGCUCUGAUAGUACAUCAUCAUCAUCCGAGGAUUCAGAUUCUAGUAAUGAAGACUGAUUCCCAGACUCUACAUUAAAUUAUGAACUGAUUUUGGAU